AGCACUUUCGUAUCGGCGGUUAUUCGCGUCAGUCGCGGUUAAAAAAUGACGUUAAACCGGUCGAAUAACCGACAUCGCGUGUUAAAAUUCAGGUAAAACGGUUUAAAAAAAAAAAAAAGAGAAGAAAAAUGGUGCGAUUUGGGAAGAACGGGGAGUCCCAGGAGAGGCGGCAGCUCCUGCUGAGCCUUAAGGAGAUGAGUGUCAGUCAGAAUGGGAAGAAUCACUGUAACGAGAAUGGAGCAUUCCGACACGUCGAAACGAACAAUGACAGUUUAGAAGAUAAGAAUGGAAUUAAUGAGACUGAACUGAUAUUCCUAAAAGGUCUGAUGGACAGUCCUGUGCUCAAACGUACGGUGCCGGUCCAGGACCGUACCGAAGAUAAGCCGCCCAACCUAUCCCCUCCAGAAUCAUCAAUUAGCUUAGAACUGCAAAAGGAUAUUUUUGUUAGAUGUAGCCGAUCGUGGAACAGAGAGGCCCGUGAGUUAGCAGAUAUCAUUAACAGGCCGCAUUUUAGGUGCCUUCUAGAAAGUCACGACCACAUAGCGAAAAUAACGCAAAAUCCCGAUCCGAAUAGAAAGACUGAACCGCCCAAACUAUUCCCGAACGGUAUGACGAACGACGAAAUUCGUAUGGUGGGCGUGAGGAAGAAAAAUGGGGAACCACUCGGACUUACGGUGGAGCUGGACAACAACGAAAACUUAGUAAUAGCCCGUAUCCUAGAGGGAGGCAUGAUCGAAAAACAAGGCCUUCUGCACCUAGGCGACGUUAUUCUAGAAGUAAAUGGCAACCCAGUGCGAACACCCGAAGACCUCCAAGUAGAAAUAGCGAAGAGCCGAGACUCGGUCACCCUCAAAGUCGGGAAUGCACCAAGUAAUGACACUCAUGCACCUCUUGUUAACGGAUCACUAGGAAUCACGAAAAAAUUAACCUGUUACAUGCGAGCAUUAUUCGAAUAUCGACCGGAAGAAGACUCGUUACUGCCCUGUAAAGAGAUCGGACUGUCAUUCGAGAGGGGCGACAUCUUGCAGAUCGUCGAUCAGCGCGAUCCUAAUUGGUGGCAAGCGAAACUGGUCGGGGGUGACGGCAGGGUCGGACUCAUACCGUCUUUAGAGUUGGAAGAGCGAAGAAAAGCCUACGUGCCUCCCGAGAACGAUUUUGUACAUAAGAUUAGUAUAUGUGGUGCGAGAAUCUCCCGAAAGAAGAAAAAAAUCACCUACCAGUCGAAAAGUAAUUGCGAUUUCGAUAAAGCCGAACUCUUGUUAUAUGAAGAAGUAACCCGGAUGCCACCCUUCAAACGAAAAACGUUGGUACUCAUUGGCACCCAAGGUGUAGGAAGAAGAACCAUAAAAAAUAGACUUAUUAACAGUGAUCCCGACAAGUUUGCCGGUGUUAUUCCAUACACCACCAGGCCUCAAAGAGUCCUCGAAGAAAAUGGACAGACUUAUUGGUUCGUCGAUAGGGAAAGCAUGGAGGAAGAUAUAAAAAAUAAUAAAUUUUUAGAAUAUGGGGAGUUUAAUGGGCAUUUAUAUGGCACCCAUUUGGAUUCUAUUAGGGAUGUUAUACAGCAGGGCAAAAUGUGUAUCUUAGACUGCAGUCCGAUGUCCCUAAAAAUCCUACACAACAGCUCAGAAUUUUUACCCUACGUUAUCUUCAUAGCAGCUCCUGGGAUGGAACAACUGAAAAGUCUUUAUGACGUGUCAAAGAGCCAUCAAAACUUAAGAUACUCUAGUAGGAACCUAACGUUUGACCGUCAGAGCUCGAUUCGCUACAGUUCCAGACGUGCCAGAACCUUAGAAUCGCUAGCGUCGCUCUAUGAGGAAGAAGACUUGAAAAAGACCCUAGAAGACAGUGCCAGCAUGCAAAGGACUUACGACAAAUACAUCGACCAAGUGAUAACAAACAACGACUUUGAUAUCACUUUUAGGGAAAUUAUCGAUGCCUUGGAAGCACUUACCACCGAACACCAAUGGGUCCCAGUAAACUGGAUAUAUUAACGAUUAUUAUUUUACUCGUAUCACACUGCCAUAUAAUUUUGUUUUUUUAAGUGUGAAAAGUACCACUUUAUUCAUCACAAGUGCACAUUAUACUACUAAUUAUAGUUAAGUAUACAUGGAGUACAAAUUCGGAACUUAUUAUAGCUUAUAUUGUUUUGUUAUUAGAAUUAAGACGCUGUAAAACUUGUAAAUUACAGUUAAAAUAAUUUGCUAUAGUAUGCUAAUUUUAAUAAUGUUUAGUUGAGAUUUACACGCUGAAAAUGUGAUUUAUUCUUGAGAAGAUCUAUUGCUGCGUAUUUAAGGUAGAUAGUUAUUUAAAAUGCACUCAAUAUAAUUAGUAUUAUGUUUAUAAGUUCAGGCAGAGAUAUUGACCGUACUAAAGGUAAUAAACCACAAGCAUUUCUUAUUACAAUAAGUGCUUUAUUGUAGAUAGUCUAGUGUAAGAUUCAUGGCCUUAUUAAAGGUAGCCCAUAGGCCUAAAAGAGCAUAUAUGAUAUUUUAUUUAUGUACAUUUAUUUUAGUUUUCAUUACCGUCCAAUAUUUAUUUAUAGGAAUUGUGGUAAAAUAGAUAAUCUUUUAGUUAUCCUGUUUUAUUUGUGUUGCAAUAUAGUGAUAGGAGUGUAAUUAUAGUUAUUUUACGUUUUAAUAAAAUGCUACAGUUUGAUUUUACUAUA